CGGUCAGGAGGAGACGCGGGGAGGUGGGAGUGCCGGGAGGAGGCAGGCGGUCCCUACUCGGGCUGCCCUUUCUGGCCCUGCGCCUGCUCUCCGAGGCCGGGCUCCUAGGAGUGGCUGAGCCGCGGGGCGCUCGGGAGCGCGUGCAUGAGCCCUCCUCUCCCCCCGCCUCCUCGGCGCUGACGGUACAGUGAUAUAAUGAUGAUGGGUGUCACAACCCGCAUUUGAACUUGCAGGCGAGCUGUCCCGAGCUCUGGGGGAAGAACUCAGGCGCGCGGAGCAGCAGCUGCGAGCAGCAGUGGCGCGGGGCGCAGGCGCUUGGGACCGGGAGCGCAUCCUGCCUCGUCCUCCGGCCCCGUGCCGCCUCGCGUCCCCGGCCACCGCGCUGCCUAUGUGACCCGCCCCGUCCCGUCCCGUCCCGGCCGCGCCGAGCCCGUUCGCACAGCGCGCGGAGACUUCCCCCCAACCUGCAGAAAGCCGCCUUCCAAGGGCAAGAUGUUGACGAAUAUCAGAAGCAUCUUGUGGAUGUGCUCAACCUUAAUAGUAACCCAUGCACUACAGAGAGGCCCCACGGGCAGCGGCCCGGGCCCGACGGUGCGGGGCUCGCUGGCGGCCACUGCCCUGCUGCCCUGCCGCUUCCCCGCGCUGCCUGCGCCCCCGGCCGGGGCCGGCGAGGCCCUGCGCAUCAAGUGGUCCAAGAUCGAGGCGGACCCGAGCGGAAGGGACCUGAAGGAGACCACGGUGCUGGUGGCACACGACGGGCACGUGAAGGUGGGGCAGGACUACCGGGGCCGCGCGUCGGUGCCGGCGCAGCCCGAGGCGGGCGACGCCUCCCUGGCCCUGGGCGCCCUGCGCGCCAGCGACGCGGGCCGGUACCGCUGCGACCUGCUGCUGGGCGUGGAGGACGUGCAGGCCAGCGUGGGGCUGGCGGUGGACGGGGUUGUGUUUCACUACCGGGCGUCGACCAGCAGGUACACGCUGAACUUCGAGGCUGCUCGGCAGGCGUGUGUGGACGUCGGGGCUGUGAUAGCAAGCCCAGAGCAGCUCCUCGCCGCCUAUGCAGAUGGGUUUGAGCAGUGCGACGCGGGCUGGCUGUCUGAUCGGACUGUGAGAUACCCCAUCCGGGUUCCGCGAGAAGGCUGUUUUGGAGACAUGAUGGGGAAGGCAGGGGUCAGGACCUACGGACUCCGCUCUCCUCUGGAAACCUACGAUGUGUACUGCUACGUGGAUCGUCUGGAUGGUGAUGUAUUCCACGUUACUGCUCCCAACAAGUUCACCUUCCAGGAGGCUUCGGAAGCGUGUGAAGUGCAGGAUGCCCGCCUGGCGACAGUGGGGGAGCUGCACGCGGCCUGGAGGGAUGGCUUCGACCAGUGUGACUACGGGUGGCUGCUGGACGCCAGUGUGCGCCACCCGGUGACUGUGGCCAGGGCCCAGUGUGGAGGUGGUCUACUUGGGGUGAGAACCCUGUAUCGUUUUGAGAACCAGACAGGCUUCCCUCCCCCUGAUAGCAGAUUUGAUGCCUACUGCUUUAAACCUAAACAGAAUAUAUCAGAGGCUACAACCACCGAAUUGAAUAUCCUCGCAGAAACUGAGUCACACAUUUUAUCCAGAGAACCACAAAUGGUCCUCGAAGGAACUACACCAGUCGUCCCUGUAGUCACUGAGUUGCCUGUUGUCACCACAGAGUUCCCUCCUGCAGGGAAUAUGAUCAAUUUUGAACAGAAAGCCUCGGUCCAAGCUCAGUCUGUCACAAACCAAUUAACCAUUGUCACACCCACCACUCCUGCUGAGAGUGCCAAGGAGCAUGAGGAGAUGGAAUACUCCUCACCCUCUGCCUCUGGACCACUUGGAGAAGCAGAUAUAUCUGAAAUGAAGGAAGAAGUGCUCCAGAUUACAACUGUCAUCUCUCAGAGUGUCACUGAUGCACAGGAUGUCAGGGGAGACACUCAAACACAAGAAUCUGUGACACCGGUUGAACAAAUAGAAGUGGGUCCCUUGGUGACAUUCAUGGAAAUCUCAAAGCACGCGCCUUCCAAGGAAUUGUCUGUAACCGAAGCACCAUUGGUAUCCACAGAAAUGAAACUGGAACCCAAAACUGAAGACACAACUGUAAGCACUAUUCCUGAAUUGGUGAGCACAAACCACUAUGGAUUCACUUUGGGAGAAGAUGAUAGUGAAGACAGAACACUCACAAUGAGAUCUGGUCAGAGCACAUUGGUCUUUAGCAAAAUACCAGAAGUUAUUACAGUGUCAAAGACUUCAGAGGACUUGACAUCAGUGUCAGCACCCACAUUUGCUUUACCUGUGACUAUGCCUGACCAUGAUGGAUCAGCCACAUACAGCUGGGAAGAGAAACAAACAAAUGGUCCAGUAACUGAAGAUACAUCAGGCCAAUCUCUCUUUACUACACCUUUUCCAUUACAGCAUAUAACAGAAGUAGAAUCGUUCCCUUACUCUGGUGAUAAAAUAUUAGUAGAGGGAAUAUCCACAGUUAUGCAUCCCUUGUCACAAACAGAAAUGACUCAAGGGAGAGAAAGAACAGAGACAUCAAGACCAGAAAGAAGAACUGACACUUACACACAUAAUGGAAUACAAGGAAAGGUCACCAAAGAUCCGUUUACAGGUAACAUGGAAGAAGAAUUCUCUGGGAUGAGGGUCUCUCCGUCUUCCUCAGAGCAAAUCAGUGUUACAGAAUCUUCUGUGGAAAUGACCAAAUCUUUUGAUUCCCCAGCAUUGACAAAAGCAGAGUUAAGCGUGAAACCAACAGAAGCAAGGGAUGUGGAGGAAGACACUAUGGGAACUCUUGGUGGAUUAGAAACAGAUGUCUAUCAAGAUACUCCCAAGGAUGAUGAAGAUGUUACAGCUGCACAUGUGACCCACAGUACUCUAAGUGUAGAGGUGGUCACUGUGUCAAAAUGGUCACGGGAUGAGGAUAAGGCAACAUUAACAUUUUUAGAGUCCACAGAACAGACAAGCUCUCCAAAACAGCCCUCUGUCUUUCUUACCACUAUGGGAGCAAAUGGGAAGGAUGAAGAAUCCCCAAGUUUCACAGAAAAUGGAAGAGAUGAAUUCACUCACUUUCCAGACAGUACUCAGAAGCCACUGGGAAUGUUUACUGAGGAAGACUCGACAGAUGAUGGGAAAUUCACAGUUACAUUUCAUCCAACUGCAUCAAUAGGUGUUGCAGAAAAGUCAACUUUGAGAGAUUCUGUGACUGAAGAGAGAGUUCCACCUACCGCAAGCACAGAAGGCCAAAUUGUUUUUGCCACCAUGGAAGGAAGUACACUGGGUGAAGGAGAAGAUGUAGAUGUCUCUAAGCCACUGUCUACUGUGCUCCCAUUUGCACAUACUUCAGAUGUGGGAGGAUUGGCAUUUGUGAAUUACAGUAGCACCCUGGAGCCCACUACUUAUGCAGACACUUCCCACACCAUUCCUCUUCCGGUAAUUCCCAAGACAGAAUGGGGAGAGUUAGCACCUUCUGCUCCAUCAGAAGGUGAGGUUCUAGGUGAAACCUCUCAAGACAUACAAGUCAUUGAACAGCCGCACCUGGAAGCAACUAUGGUGCCUGAAACUUUGAGAACAACAACAGAGACCACGCAGGAAACAACUCAGGAAGAAUUCCCUGAGGAAGAACAAACGGCCCGGAGACCAGGUCAUGUUCUCACUUGGACAGUAGCUGGGCCCACAGAGGCAACAACGUGGCUGGAUGAAGAUGAGGGUGAAGAGUCAGCAUAUACGAUCCCAGAGGAUAGAUUGGUGACAAGUGUUGAGAGAGGCCCAGUUUUAGAAACAACUCCAGUUGGAAAAAUUGAGCAUCCAACUAGUGCUUUAACUGAGGGCAAAGUGGGAGUGGAUGAAAUGGUAACAGUAAUACCAAGCGUCAACCUGGAAGUAUUUGUAAGUCCAGAGCUUGAAGAAAAAUACGAAGCAGAAGGUAGUAGUCCAAGUGAAUUCACAUCACCUUCGAGCCCCUUCAGCACCCAGGUCACCCCGCUUAUAGAGGAAAUCACUACUGAAAAAAGGGAGAAAACAUCACCGGAUUAUAUUGAUUCAGGCUCAGGAUUAUUUGAAAAGCCCAAAGCCAUGGAAUUACCACAAAUUUCGACAACAAAAGCAGCAAUUCCAAGUGAUAUCACUACUGCAUUUGGUUCAGUAGAUGGGUAUCACUCACCUUCAGCAUCCAAGCCCUCUUCAGCGUCCACUGAGAAACCACUUCUCAUCCACAGGGAACCUAGUGAGGAAACCACUGGGGACAUGGUGCUCAUUGGAGAGUCCACAGCUUCCCUUCCUCCCGCUACCUUUGUUGAUCUCAUAGCUAAGGAAACAGAAGCCGAUAUUGAAAGAGAGUAUUUCAAGACUACAAGUCCUCCUGCUACACAGCCCCAAAGACCACCCACUGUGGAAGGCAAAGAGGCAUUCAGACCUCAGGCAAUUUCCACUCUACAACCCCCAGCGGGGACAAAAUUCCACCAUGACAUAAAUGUUUAUAUUAUUGAGGUCAGAGAAAACAAGACAGGUCGAAUGAGUGAUUUGAGUGUAAGUGGUCAUCCAAUAGAUUCAGAAUCUAAAGAAGAUGAACCAUGUAGUGAAGAGACAGAUCCAAUGCAAAGUCUGCUUGAAGGACUUUUUACUGACAUAAUCGAACUAGGCAUAUACAACAAUGAGGAGGAUGAAGGGGAGGUGGAGGAUUGUGCAAAUGCUACUGAUGUGACCACCACCCCAUCUGUACAGUACAUCAAUGGGAAACACCUUCUCACCACUGUGCCCAAAGACCCAGAGGCGGAAGAAGCUAGGCGUGGCCAGUAUGAAAGUGUGGCACCUUCUCAAAACUUCUCAGAAAGCUCUGACAGUGACACCCGUCCGUUUGUAAUACCAGAAGCAGAACUGUCUACUGCUCUGCAACCUAAUGAAUCUAAAGAAUCUGCUGAAUUGCUGAAAAUUACAUGGAAACCUGAGACUUACCCCAAAAUGUCAGAAACUUUUUCAAGUGGUGAGCCUGAUAUUUUCCCUACAGCCCCAUUCCAUGGGGGGAAAAGCCCAGCGGGGACAGAGUCGGUCACAGAGAGAGGCCCUGGACUUGAAAAUCUGGUGCAUGGAAAUCCUAAGCCCAUGCCUCUGUUUCCUGAAGAGUCUUCUGGACAGGCUGCCAUUGACCACGUAUCUCAGAAAGUGGGGUUUUCAGGAGCAGCAGAAGUACUAUCGGGUGAAGAGGCAGGAAAGAGCACUGCUAUCAUGUAUAUUCCAAGUGGUAUAGUUCCAAGUUCUCUGUAUCCUGUGUCAGAGGAAGGCUCAAUCACCGUGACAGGAAAUCCACAGCCUGACGGCCUAUCAUCUACCACAGAAAGCUGGUUUGAUAUAACCCCUAGACAAACUGCAGAGCAUUCAGGGAGUUCUGUACUUCCAUUUCUAGAGGGCUCUGGGGAAGUAGAAGAAUACAAAGAUAAAAUGUUCACUAUGGCAACUAAUUUACCACAGAGAAAUGCUACAGAUACACUCAUUACUUUAGAAACUAGCAAGGUCAUGGUCACAGAAGGCUUUUCUGAUGUUGCUGCGACCACCAUUUAUUCCAGUUCUGAGAAUCCUUCCACAGAAGUAGUGUCUCCCAAAUUUCUAAGUGAAACAGAUACUUCCACAUGGGUUUUCAGUACAGCUCUUGAGGGAAAGGAGAAGAAAGAAGUGGAAGAGGAAGAGGGAACUACUGGUAUGGCUUCUACAGUGGAGUUACUGUCACCAACACAGAGAUCAGACCAAUUCAUUUCUGCCCCUGAAUUAGAAAGUUUGUAUGUAGCUGCCUCUAGUGAUUCAGCCAUCAGGAAAAACUUUCUGCCCUUGACAACACCCACACAGUCUGGAAAUGCAGUGACAAGCUCUGCCCUUCUCUUUGCCGAGACAGAGGUUUUCAUUAAUUCGGGGGCACAGCCCUUUGAGCCCAGCAUUAGCAGCCAUGCUGGGGUCCAGGAAGGGCCAACCACUCUCUCAGGUAGUCUUGUCUCUCUCCUUAUGGAGCAGGGCUCGGGGGAAGCUGCUGUGGACCCAGAAACCACUACUCUUUCUUCAUUUUCAUUAAAUUUAGAGUCUGAAAUUCAAGCCAGAAUGGCAGCUGCAAGUACUUUGUCUCCCCACGUAGAAACCACAUCCUCCUCUGAAGCAACAGGGCAGGUUUUGACCACUGUAACGGACAGAGACAUUGCUGAAAGUACAAGCCACUCAUACCAGGGAAAACUGAUUUCAGGACCAUCAGAAGAACCAAGUCACGGGGCAGACAUAAAGGGCUUUCCUACAGGUUUUCCUCUGGAGGAGGAUUUCAGUGGUGACUUUACAGAGUACUCCACAGUGUCUCAUCCCAUCACCAGAGAAACAUUGAUGACAGAAGGCUCCGGAGACAUGGCCUUCACAAAUAUCCAGAUUUUACCAUCUACAGUGUCUCCUUCAGAGCACACCCAUCACGUGCAGGAUGCAGAACAGGCCAGCAGCACUAUGGUCAGCACCUCAGCCUCCCUCUGGGAAGAGUUCAUAGCCUCAGCUGAGGGCUCAGGGGAGCAGCUGGUCAUGGCCAGCAGCUCUGCUGACCCAGUACUUCCCACUGCUCUGGAAAACUUCUCUGGUACAGAUUUCCCAUUUAUUGACCAAAGAUUGGAAGAAAUGAGUGUCACUCACGAAGCAAAUCCAAGAGCCACCAUUUUACCUAGAGCAGAAGUGGAGAGUACUUUAGAGCCAACAGGAAAGGAUGAAGUAAAGGUCAGUGGAACAGUUUUAAUGGACUUUCUCCAAACAGUGGAGCCAGCCAAGUUAUGGUCUAGGCAAGAAGUCGAUCUCCUGAGACAAGGGAUUGAAAGUCAAACAGCCUCAGGGGAAAAGAUUCAAGAACAUGCAUCUUUUGGAUCAGCCCAUAGCUCUCUUGCACCAGAACAAACAGCUUCUGAUUCACAAACACUUACUGAAACUGAACUCCAAACCACAGAUUAUUCUACAAAGAAAACUUACAGCACUGAUAAGCAAAUGGAGGAGGAAGGCAUUUCCUUAGCUCCCUUGUCUACUCCAGAGCCAGAUACAAAGGGCUUGGAAGCAUAUACUGCUCUCCCCAAGGCUACUGAAAAGUCAGAUUUUUACUCAGCUUCUGCCUUUGUGACUGAAUUGACACCAGCUGAAGAUGUAGGCACAGAUUCAUUAAUUAAAGAAGAAGAAGAAGAAAGGGUAAAACUCUUUCCCAAAGUUGUGAGACCAUAUAUUAAUGAGUUGGGUACUGAUCUCUUAUUUUCUGGACUGGGAUCAGGAGAAGAAGUUUUGCCCACUCUGCCUUCAGUGUCAGUGAGUUUUACUGAAAUAGAACAAAUCGUUAGCACAUUACAUCCCCAGACUCCUCAAGUGGAAAGUUUAAACACAAGUGAAAAAAUAGAUGAUGAGAAAAUGGAAAAUGAAGUUAGAUCUGUCAUUUUUGAAACAGACAACAUCAAAUUUGACGAGGCAGCAGCCAACACAACCUUACUAGAUGUUUUAGUAGGCGCUGGCGCAAAAGGAUGGACUCCAGCAUCCUUCUCUUCCACCACAGAUGUUGAGCAGCCUCUCAAUAAGACCCUAAGAUGGUCAGAAGAAAUCCAGACUCAGAGACCACAGGAUGUGACUGAGCAAGUCUCUCGUGAGAAUUCCUCGGCAGCAGAAAUGGAAGACACAGCAACUUCUUCCACUGUUUUUCUAGCUAGAACUCAUGGUCUUGAAAUGGCCAAAGAAUCUGUUACAUUGGCACCAAAGCCAUCUGACUUGCUUUAUGAAAAUUCUGGAGAGGGAUCUGCAGAAUUAGAUCCUCUUGAUUUAGUCCACAUUUCUGGAACUACUCAGGCCACCAGGCAAGGAAGCACCACAUUUGUUUCUGAUAGAUUGCUGGAAAAGCAUCCAGAAGUCCCAGGUGCUGAAGCUAGAACUGCCCGUGGGUCACCCACAGUGUUCACGGCGCCACCUCUCCACUCGGAGCAGAAUGAAACCACCCCUGACCCAACCAGCACGCCGGCAGACAUGACAGCAUCCUCCAAGAGGCACUCAGAAGAUGGCGCAGGCAGUUUCCAAGACCGUCUUGCAGGAUUUGAGGAUUCCACCUUGAAACCUAACAGAAGAAAAGCCACCGAAAAUAUUAUUAUCGAUCUGGACAAGGAGGAUUUCAUGUUGACCAUGACAGAGAGUCCCAUCCUGGACAUUCUCCCUGGGCUGACAGAUACAACCACUAUCAUAGAUAUCGAUCACACAAAACUUGUAGAUGAAGACAUCCUUGGAAUGCAGACAGACAUAGACCCAGAGGCACCAGCAGAGCCACGUGGUGAAGAAAGCACUCAAGCCGUCCAAGCCUGGAAUCAGCAUGAGGCAGCCGUUAACCGUUCCUUAACCGAGGAAGCAUUUGAGGGCUCUGGUGAGCCUCUUCUGGCUGAGUACACUCAGGCAGCACAUAACAAACCAGCAGCUUCUGAGGACAGAAGCCAAUUGCAUCACAUGGGGUUUAAUGCUGCAACUGAAACUCCUGUUCCUAGCAUGGGAGCAGAAUCAGAUAUUCUACUUCCCAUGGUCACAGCCCUGCCCAUGCCUGGUAAGUCUGCCACAGUUCAUCCAGAGAUCCGAGAACCAAAGAUGGAAACAAAAGGCCUGGAUGACAUAUUUGAAUCAAGCACAUUGUCUGACAGUCAAGCUAUUGGAGACCAAAGUGAAGUAAUAUCAACAUUGGGUCAUUUGGAAAGGACUCGGGAGGAGGAUGAAGAGAAGAAAUAUGUAGGUCCUUCUUUUCAGCCAGAAUUGUCUUCAGGGGCCGAGGAGUUACUGAUGGACCUCACUCCCUAUGUAAGUAUCAGUAAUGUCCACCUCAUGGCUCAGAGCUUAACAGAAGCACCUGAUGUGCUGGGAGGACCCAGCCCCUCGGUCGCUCUUUCAGCAUCUGAAGUGCUGUCCUCUCAGACAGCAUCCUCUCCAGUAUCUGUCUCCCUGGGCAGUGGGGCAUCUGAAUAUGCAGAGGUUCCCCAGCCAAGUGCUCUGCCAGGUACAGAUGCCAACUCCACGCCAAGGUCUCCGGGGCAUUCUUGGAAUGAGGUUCAUACAGUUUUUGAAGCCACUUCCAAACCAGUGAGUGAAGAACACUUACAUGUAACUGAGCCUCUGGCUUCCUCUCCUGACACUGAACUUUCAGAAGAUGAAAGUGAACCCAAGUUGUUAGAAGAAGUGGAAACUUCUCCCACAGAACUAAUUCCUGAGGAAGUGACUGAGGCUUCCCAAGAUCCCAGAAACAAAAACAGUGGUCAGUUUUCCAGAGAAACGAUGGAGGUGUUUCCCAGUAUUAGAACCCUUGGAGUUGGAACUGUUCCUACAGCUGCCAGGGAGAGUAAGUUAGAAGGUGCUAUGCAGCGGCCACAUUCUUCUUCUGCUUCUGUGCUUUCCAGGGUUGAGGCUGGUAUGGUGUCUCAGCCCAGCCCACAGACCUCCACAAGCCCCACCAUUGCUUCUUAUUUGGAAAUAAACCCUGAAACACACACAACAGCUUUAAUCCAAGGGGAGGAUUCCACAGUCGCAGCACCAGAAAAGGAACCACCUGUGAGAAUUCUUGAUUCUCAUGAUCAGGCUGCAGGAAGCAGUGUGGGAUUAAGCAGUGAGCUUGUCACACCACCAUUUUCCCUUCUGGAAACUUCUAAGGAAACUCAUUUUCUGCUUGGCGUUCAUGAAGAGGCCAUGGAAGGGACAGCAGUCUACCUACCAGGACUUGAUCAGUGUAAAACCAACCCGUGCCUGAAUGGAGGCACCUGUUACCCUACGGAAACGUCCUACGUGUGCACCUGUGUGCCAGGCUACGGUGGAGGCCAGUGUGAACUUGAUUUCGAUGAAUGCCACUCUAACCCCUGUCGGAAUGGAGCAACCUGUGUUGAUGGUUUUAAUACGUUUCGGUGUCUCUGCCUUCCAAGCUACAUUGGUGCACUUUGUGAGCAAGAUACGGAGACCUGUGACUAUGGCUGGCACAAAUUCCAGGGCCAGUGCUACAAAUACUUCGCCCACCGACGCACAUGGGAUGCGGCUGAGAGGGAGUGUCGCCUGCAGGGUGCACAUCUCACCAGCAUCCUGUCACAGGAAGAGCAGAUGUUUGUGAAUCGUGUGGGCCAUGACUAUCAGUGGAUAGGCCUGAACGACAAGAUGUUUGAGCAUGACUUCCGAUGGACUGAUGGCAGCACACUGCAAUAUGAGAACUGGAGACCCAACCAGCCAGAUAGUUUCUUUUCUGCUGGAGAAGACUGCGUGGUCAUCAUUUGGCAUGAAAACGGCCAGUGGAAUGAUGUUCCGUGCAACUACCACCUCACCUAUACCUGCAAGAAGGGCACCGUUGCUUGCGGCCAGCCUCCUGUGGUAGAAAAUGCCAAGACCUUUGGAAAGCUGAAACCUCGCUAUGAAAUCAACUCCUUGAUUAGAUAUCAUUGCAAAGACGGUUUCAUUCAACGCCACCUUCCAACUAUCCGGUGCCUAGGGAAUGGAAGAUGGGCCAUGCCUAAAAUUACCUGCAUGAAUCCAUCUGCAUACCAAAGGACUUACUCUAAGAAAUACUUUAAAAAUUCCUCAUCAGCAAAGGACAAUUCUGUAAACACAUCCAAACAUGAGCAUCGUUGGAGCCGGAGAUGGCAGGAGUCGGGGCGUUGAUCGCUCAAAUGGCAAAAUAGGCUUUCAUCAUUUCAGCCAAAGUCCUAACUUCCUGUGCCUUUCCGACCACCUUGAGAAGUGUUAUCUGUUGGUUUCGAUUUGUGGACCACCAUGUGCCCAAAACACCUUAAAUGAAAGUAUCGGCAUCCAAAAGAACAGCAAACGAAACGAAGGAAAACCAGGGCAGAAGGAACCAUUUCCAGCCUGUCUCGUUUCUUUAGUUUUCUCUUGGCCUCUGGCACAGAUCCUUCUGUAAUGUCUACCAGGCUUCUGUACUAUUUAAAAAGCUCAAUUUCAGCACCCAAGGCCAUGUAAAUAAGAUGAUUUAAUGUUGAUUUUACUCCUGUAUAUAAAAUAAAAAGUCACACUGAGUUUGGGCAUAUUUAAUGAUGAUUAUGGAGCCUUCAAGGUCUUUAAUCAUUGGAUCGGCUGCUUUGGUGGAGUUUGUUUGGCUUGGAAAUGGUUUCACUUGCCCUUUGACUGGCAGCAAGACAGAGGACAGCUUUCCCUGGACAGGCAGCAGCCCCAGCCCCAGUGGUCACAGCAUGCUGGGGCACGUGUGCAGGUGGCUUCGCCGAGAUGCUAAAGCUGAAGCCUGCCUAAUGAUCCUGAGGAACGGACUCCAACGUGCAAUUCUUCUCUGCUACAAUCUUUUUCCUUCAACUUACAUGGAAGGCCUGAGUGGAGGACUUUUCUAUGACCAGGAACAUUUUUUAGCAGACAAAGUGCUAAUUAUUAACUCAACCAGGUCUGCUUUCUAAUGCAUUCAUAACACUAACUCCAACAAGGUUACCUGCAAAUCAAGACAUUGUCAAUGGAUGGAGACCCAGGCCUCUGGAGGGUGGGGGGUUGUUAAAACAACACACAUGCAAAAAGAAAAGAAAAAAUAAAUUUUUGUAUAUAUAACCAUUUUAAUCUUUUAUACAGUUUUGAAUGUUCAUGUAUGAAUGCUGCAGCUGUGAAGCAUACAUAAAUAAAUGAAGUAAGCCAUACUGAUUUAAUUUAUUGGAUGUUAUUUUCCCCAAGACCUGAAAAUGGAUAGAGUACGCUAGUUAUUUUUCAGUGUUAGCUUUGUAUUUUCCUCACAUAGUUUGGAACGCUAUAAUGUAGGUACUUUGUCCCUGAUUAAAUAAUGUAAUGGAUAGAAUACAUCAAGUGCUUACUAUGGAAAGAGUGGUAAAGUGUCUAGCUUUCAGCAAGUGGCAUUUGGACAUUCUAAGCAAGGUUUCUGUGUAGGGUUAGCCUGGCAUUUCUUCCUGUGAGGUGGAGUGUAUGUGUGGAAAUUUCUCCUCGACUCUUCCCACUCUGUUUUUUCCCUGCUAUCUGAAUAAAGAGACUGCUGGAGAUGACUGAAUCAUUAUCCGCUUAAUUUAAUGUUUAAAGACAAAUCUGUAAUGGAAAGAAACCAAGAAGAGACAACAAAUAAAAUGCAAAUAGAAAUGAUAAAUGCUUGAAGCGAUUGAGAUGCUUAACCUGAGCUAAACAUUACAGUGGACACAAGUAUUGAAACAUCACAGGGAACCCCGUAGUUAUGUGUAACUUCUGUGUGUUUAUGGAUCAGUUAACAGUUUAAAUUUUUUUAAAAAAGAGAUAGAAAACCAGAUAAAGAGCAGACAGGUUGACCCAACAUGGACUCUCAUGAAACUCCUUUGCCCCAGAAAGGAAGCCCGUAGCUCACAAUCAUAUGCAGUAUACUGGAGCAGCAUCAAAUGUGUCCACCCUUAGGUGUUGUAGCUCACAUACAGACACUGUGUUGACUUACUAGGGUUUUCUUUUUCCCUUUUCAUUACAAUGCACAUAAUACUCUCCUGUAUUUAUAUUAUAACCUGUAUAGUGUAAAAUGUGAAUGAUUUUUUUUUGUGAAUGGAAAUCUAAAAUCUUUGUAACUUUUUAUAUCUGCUUUUGUUUCACCAAAGAAACCUAAAAUCCUUCUUUUACUACA